CUAAGAAUCAAAUUUUACCAUAAUUUUCAUCUCUAACUUGUGUCUUCACUUUUCACUGAGGGAGAGAGAGAGAGAGAAUAGCGAUGGCUCGUUCGAUCUCGCAAGAAGCGUUCGACGAGCUGGUCAGAGAGAACAUUGACGACCUCGGAAUGGAGCCUUCGGAGGCCCUCCAAGACGCCAUCCACACCCUCUCUCUCCAAGGCGUCAACCUCUCCGGUAUUGUGACUUGCCUUCCGGGAGAGACAAGUCCCGUCAUCCGGUGCCUCGAUAAGCUCAAGCAGCAGCUGCCUUCUCAGCUUCGCGAUCCGGUAGACGACGUCGUUUGGACUGACAUCGCGGUGUCGUUUGAUGAGCUUAGAGCAUUGUGCUCUCAAGACAAAGCCAAUGCUGCUAUUGCCACUAAGAAUGGUGCGGUGGAGUUGCUUUGCUCUCUUUCUUCUAAGAUUCCCGCUGCUACUUCUCAAGCGCCGCUUCUUUCGGCUUUCAAUGCUUUGGCAUCUUUGCUUCAUGAUGUUCAAAGUACAGGAACAUUUAAGAUCAGCAACGGACCAAGGAUGAUAAUUGGUUUCCUAAAUGAUAACAAGCAAAAUAUAGAUGUCUUAAAUAGUGGAUUUGGCGUUGUGGCUUCAGCAGCAACUGGUGAUGAGAUUCUCAAGGAAUCAUUCAUGGAGUUGAAAGUUGAUGAGCUAAUCAUGGAGAUAAUGUCCAUACAUAAGAAUGCUGGCAUUCAAAAUUUAUAUGAUGCUAUUCGUGUAUUGUUAACACCCGAUGAUAGUCGAGUUGUAGCUUCACAAGUCUAUGGUUAUGCAAGAAAAUUUGCAAAGAUUGGUAUUGCAGAAGCUCUUGUGGAUUCUCUGCGUGCAGGACUCAGCUCCCCUGACCUAGUUUCAGCAUGCAUCACUUUGAAGGCCAUUGCUGUAAAUGAUGAAAUAUGUAAAUCCAUUUCUGAAAUAGGUGGUAUUGAUACAAUACUCAGAUGUAUAGAGGACAGUGGUGAGCAAGGCAACAAAGCUGUGGCCAAAGUGUGUUGCUCAUUACUUUCGAAGUUGGCAGGAAGUGAUACAAAUAAGAGUGAAAUUGUUGGGAAAGGCGGGAUGGAUAAGCUAAUCAAACUUUCAGCCAGGUUUAAUGAUGACCCUUCUGUUUUGCAAGAGAUUAUGUCCAUCAUUUCUGUGCUUUCGUUAAGAGCUCCAGAAAAUGCAGCCCGUGCUGUUGAAGCAGGCGCUGGUGACCUUGCUAUUCAGGCCAUGCAGAAAUUCCCUGCAGCAGCCCAAAUGCAAAGAAACUCCUGUCUUAUGAUCAGAAAUCUAGUAGUAAGAAAUCCCGAGAACAGGACUGUACUGCUGAAUAAUGGAGUUGAGAAAUACAUAAGGAAGGCCAAGCAAACACACGCUAAUUGUAAGGAUGCUGCCACUGAUGCGCUCAGGGAUUUGGGUGUUGAUGGUUACAACUUGUAGGUGCCAUUUUUGUUUUCUAUGUGUGUAUUAUUGCUUUAUUUCUAACAUGAAGCUUGUUCUUUUUUUUGUUAUUAUUAUUUUGGGUGCUUAUGUGAAAGAAUGAGUGCGGAUAUGUGACUGAUGCGGGAUUUGGUGUACAAAGUUGAGGAUAUAAUAGGCUUGUUUGGAUAAUA